AUGAACAAUAUUGGAAGUACUAUUGAAAAAUAUAUAUUAGAACAAGAAUACUUAAGACAGUAUGAAAAAUUAUAUGGCAAUUUUGAUAGAAUUAGUUUUUUAUACAAUGAAACUCGAAGAUGGGCAAAAUCCGAAGAGAAAAAUAAAACAUGGGAUCUUCAAAGCAGAACUAGUCAGAUGAUAUCUCUUGAUUCUGAUUAUCCUCAAUCAGUCUUGUUUACCUUGAGAAAAUUUUUUUUUCCAAUAAAGAAGAUUGAAUGUGACGAGGAUCAGAUAACGCCACAUCAUGAAUUAUUUUUAUUAUAUAAACAAAUUAUUUAUACAGAGGUUCAAAGCAUGGCUGCAAUGGCUUUUGCAUAUAUGUGGAGACGUGAAAAUAAUAAGGCUAUUAAUGAAUUGAAUGAAGUAAAAAUGGAAAGAAUAAAAAGUAUCAUUGAAUAUACCAAUCAUAAAACAUAUGCUGCUUUCGAUAAUGUAUUCUACAAAAUUGUACUCUUUAGAGAACAUUUUGAGCCAACUGAUACAAUUACCGAAUGGGAAAUACCAGAUCCUUUUCGAAUGUGUCAAAUACAUAAUAAUUGCCGUGACAGUAAUCAUGAAUAUGAUAAAAUUUGUCCUGGAUGGAUUAUAAAUUGUCAAAGAGCAUUGACUAUCGAGUAUUGUCAUCGAAACGAGAAAGAUCUAACAAGUACCAAAAAUUAUUAUUGGAUGAUAGUUAGAGAUUCAGAGAAAUCCAUGAAUUUCGGUGAUACAAAUUAUGAAUGUGAACCAUUUCCAUUCCAUAGAAUGAAUAUUUUCCAUACAGAUUACAUUAAAAAUAUUCAAAUUCCAGUUUAUUGUGAUUGCAUUGAUGAUGGUAUUUACACUCGAAACGAUACAAUCCGAGCUUUCAGUUUGUUAUGGGUAGCAACUGGUGCAAGACUUGUUGCAAAAGAUCGUAUGAUUCAUAUUCAGCUUCGUGAAGGUAAACUUUUGCCUUAUGGAGAAAUUGAUAAAAAAACUGAAAGAUGGAUACCACUACCGACCUUUGAAUAUUAUGAAAAUUUUCCUAACGUUGCAAUUGAUUCAAAUGGCAAGCGACAUUCAUUGAGCGAAAAUAUAGAUUUUGUUUCUAUACAUCAUCUGUAUGCAAGAACGAUAUGUCUACAAAAACUAACUCUUGACGAAGAGCAUUUAUUGACGGCUGUGAGGUUCAACUAUGAGUAUCUCGGUAAAGGCUUAGAAAGACGUUUCAAGCUUGAAGUAAAAUAUGUUGGUUUUAAUUAUCAACAUGGAAACAUAACAUCUACAAGAAAAUAUAAAAAACAAUCAUGCAAAAAGCUACCUGAAUUGAUUUUAAAUAAUCCUGAUGAUCCACUUAAAUUUAAUACACAUCCACAUGAUUCUAAGGAAAAUCAACUUAUUAAAAUCAGAGCAUCAGACUUGAUUAAGGAUGCAUCACAAACAACUAUUCCAUUUUUCGAUCUUUUAGAAAUUGCACCUGAAACAAGCCUGCCAAUUACUGGGAUUGAAUUAUUUCAUAAAGGACAGAUUGAUGGUACAUCUGGUGGAUAUAUUUCUUUAAAAAUUUAUCCAAUAAAUUUAACUAUGUAUAUGAAUCCACCAUUACUUCCUGACACUUUAAAUAUUCAGAACAUAACAAUCCCUGAAUUCGGAUUACAAAAUAGUUGA